AUGGAUAUUAUAAAGGGAAACUUAGAUAGUAUUUCAAAACCAGCCUCAAAUUCAAGAACACGUCCUGGGAGCAGAGGUUCAAAUGCUUCUUUAGAGGUUCUUUCACCGGAACCAGGGUCCUUCAAGGUUGACACUGCGAUCAAGUUGACCUCGGGUAAAGAGGGUCACAUGGAAAGCAAGGAGGAAAGUAGCAACAGAGAGGAAAGUCGGAACAGUAACGAUGAUGAAGGGGAAAAGUACUUGGAGACAAUAGAGUUUGCUGAGGAGGAGUCAGAUGAAGAUCUGGACUUUGCUCAACAUGAGACAAUCUCUGAGUGUUCAGAUUCUUCCCCAUAUGAAGAUGAAGGAAACUUUCCUCCAGUGUUUCCCACGCAAGUCCCUCCAGAGGAGUAUGAAAACCAUCUGAAGUAUACCAACCAAGGUUUUACCUAUGAUGUGGAAAGAAAUGAAUCAUUGAUCAAAUCAGAUAAGAAGCCUUCAAAUACAGAAAAUCUUGAGCUCAGGGGUAAACAUAACCAGGAUUUUAUUAAGAGAAACAUUGAGUUGGCCAAGGACGCAGGAAACACAGUGAUUAUGAUUGAUAAAGAGAAGAAAAGACUGGUUGAACUUUUGAAGGACUUAGAUGAUGCAGACUCUGGGCGUUGCAGCUCUGAGGGUGACCCCACUGGCUGGCUGGUCCCAGGAGAAGGAUACAUGCUGGCCACUGCAGAGCAUCAGCAGCUUGCUGAAAUUGAGACAAAACUCCAAAAACUCUUCGCAGCCUCUCCAACAAUUUCCAGUUUUCCUUCGAGAUUUGAAAACCAAGAUAAUCAGGAACCUAUCCUUAAGGAUGAAGGCAGAAAUAUGGAAAUAAAUCCUGGAGAAAAAGUACUUCGGAACACCAAGGAACAACGGGAUCAGCAAAAUAGACUGAAAGAGAUAGAUGAAAGGCUGAGAAGGAUGAAGGAAAAUGUGUUAGAUUCAACAUCCCUUCUCUCUGAGGAACAGUUAAAGUCUCUUCUGGAUGAAUGCAUAAUCAAACAACAAUCCAUCAAUAGACGACUAUCUUCAGGAAGAGAAAACAAAGACAUUGAGGAUACAACCUUUGAAUUUCCCCAGCUUUCCAGAUCGGUUCUCUCUGAGUUACUAAAUGGAUCAGCAAUAGAAGUCCAAAGGACUGAGGUAGAAGCUGCAAAUAUCUUUGAGAAUGCAGAAUGUGAAACACCUAGAGGCUACUAUCUCACCAAAGCCUUGGCUGGGCAUUACAUGUCAGAUGCUCUUGUCAUUGAAGCAGAGACUAUAAAAUGCCUCCCAUUUUCCAAGGAUGAGGUUAUUAGUGACUCACAAGAUUAUUUUAUGUCAAGAACUCUCGGCAUUGGCAGACUGAAAAGACCCUCUUUCUUGGAUGAUCCACUGUAUGGCAUCAAUGUGAACCUUUUGUCAGAAGAUCAACAUUCCAAUCUCAACUCUCCAGAGAAACCCAAAACAGGUGAGGCUCGGAGAAUAUGUAUUUUGGUGUAUAAUUAUUAA